AUGUGGGAGAUAGCAAGACGGAUAAAGCGAGCAAUGAGAAGCAAACCAGUGAGCUUCACAAAAGGGGAAGAGGAGGAGAUGAUAAAGUGGUGGAAACUGCAAUAUGACGACAGGGAAUGAGACUGGGGGAAAGAAGGAGAUCCUAAAAUACCAACGAGACCAGAGGUUGAGAAUGCGAUUGGGUCGCUGAGCAACAGGAAAGCAGUAGGACCGGAUGGUGUAUCAUCUGAACUAAUUAAAUAUGGUGGUGAAGCAGCAACGGAAAUGUAUUGAGGAAUAAUAAUGGAAAUAUGACAAAAGAGAACGCUUCCAAAAACGAUGAAGUGUGCGCUAGUGGUUUACAAAAAAACUAGGCUCAAAGAAACCGGAAGACUACAGACCGAUAACACUACUUAA